AAAGGCAGACUCGGACAGGUUCCAACGGGUGAAGGCAAGACAGCCAUCGUCGGCGUCCUCGCUGCUGCUUUGUCUCUGCACGGAAAAAAAGUCGACGUUAUCACAUCCUCGUCGGAACUCGCCAAGCCCCAAGCAGGGAAGCUAAGCCAAUUUUUUCGCCGAUUCGGCGUACGAUGAGCAAAAACAAGGAUUGGUUUUGUCAUGCGUUUCUACAUCAUACUUAUUAUAGUAUUAAUACCCACGAGAUAAUUGCAACAUAGCACAAUAGCCUUGAUGAACAUAUGAGAGCGAAAUUUGAUCGGCACAAUUCGGUAGAAAUAAUCUCGGCGUUUCUAUCCGAAGAAAGAAAAACGUCAGUCAAAGUCAAAAAGAGAAGCAAGAUGCGACACACAAUUGCCAUGAAAGAUGACGCAAUACGUGCCGUUGCCGCCAGCAACCAUGACUUUGCAGCGCAAUACAUGCUGCUGUUACGCUCAUGGAAAUCAUUCUGCGUCAAAGGAAGAUGAAGACGCAGGCAAUGUUGAACAACAACUGUAAUUCUACAUCAUGAGUCUCAUAGAUACUAGUCGGACUCAGACUUUUCUCUCUUUUCUUUUCAUACUCAACCUGCCUUGUUUUUUUUCGCGCAAUGCCGUAUUGGGUCAGAUUACAUUCGGACUCCGAACAAGAAGGUGCGCUCGACUGGGACGAACACUAGAUUUGCAGGCAGCGACGUGGUGUAUGGUUCUCCCAGUCUUUUCCAGUGGGCUGACCUGCGACACCGAUUCUCUCGAGAACAAGUUGAGGCACGGGAUCGCGACACGCGGCCAUACGACAUUGCAAUUAUUGAUGAGAGCGACUCUCUCAUGGUUGACGGGACGGCGUCACAAGCAUUGCUGUCAAGCCCGUUGAUGGGCGCUCACCAUCUACACAACUUCAUGGCUUCCGUGUGGUUAAUUGUGAAAGCGCAAAAGCAACAUCUCAAGCAGUUCGAGGUGGACGGAGAGCUUUUAACUUUCGAAGUGCCACCACAGCUCCACACGAUAGAGACUUGGGAAACAUACAAGGACGUGCUAAAGGCGCACAACGUCUCCGUUCACGAGUCCCAAGCGAUCGAAAACCGACGGGAUCCGGAAACGGGGGAGCGUUUAUACAAGUGUUGGACGGACUUUCUCACACAGAAGGUGGAGGAGGUGCUACGCAAGAGCGUCCGCGACUUCGAGUGGCACGCUAAGAGCCACCUGCCGGGAAAGAAGCUUACAGAUGAGCAGAUUUCGCAGGUCAGGCAAGGUGACGAUCCGAACAACAACGACGUGGCUCCAUAUCAGCGGCUCCAUCACUUGAAUCAUUAUCAUGAUGGAAGUAUCUUCCCUGCCAAGAGUCGGGCUGCAGCAACGUGAAGAACCUGCAUUAACAAAAGCGUUGAGGUGCAUGCAUUUUUCAACUCGCGACACAGCCUUUCGCACCCCUUGCCUCUCUAGCGGAACUAGAGCGCCAUAUUUCCCUCUGUGAACAUUUGUAUAAAUGUUAAAGUCUACUUUGACUAUAAAUCUGCCGGGCAUGAGUCGCUCUAGGUGAACAUGCAUUUUUCUCGUCGGUGGCCACUACUUUGCUCAAGAGAAUAUAGAAGAAGCACGGUACGUCUUCGGCAGCGCUCCUAGAUUUGAUCUACUUACGCUUUUUUGAAAGAUCACCCUUUUGCUCAUGCAAGUGGAAGUGGCAUGAUGAAGUUAUAAGCACAACUAGACCGCUUUCGUUACGUACACCCUUGGAGGGAAUAAGUUUUUGCCGCGAUUGUGAUCAUCGAAAAUUCAUCGUGGAGCGAGGCAUUUAUGACUGGUCCAGAAAUUGCGUACACGCGCAGUUUAUCUAUGAACCUGGUGUGCAGUACCAACUUCGGGGGAAAGGCGACGGCACGAACAUGGAGCUCAGCACGGUGGACGCCGACAAUACGGGCACUAUCUCCGACUACCAGCAAUACAGUGGUGGGCUGCACCAGAUUUUGCAAAUCUAUGGCCCGGACAUAUCGUUUUUUUUCAUCUCGUUCGACAUUUUUGAAUAGCUAUUUUGCAUGCAGCUUCUGAGCUGAAAAAAUGCAUGAAUGUGCUGGACAAUUCACAAUCUGAUGACUACACAUGUAGCUACACCUGUGAACUAGUCAGCCUGAAGCUAUCUAGUCUUGUGGAAUCGUGGGAAGCCAGAAGACUAGAUAGCUUGAGAUUAACUAGCUAGCUCAUGACGUUGAUUUAUAAUAUAUUCGCACAAGCCAGCUCAUGGCGAUUAUCCACGGCCGCAAAUUUUUUCGAACGAGUUCGAAAAAAACCAUCUGUCCGGGCCAUAAAAUCAAACAUGGCCUCCGUAUGGAGCAGCCUCAAAGUUUUAGCACCAACUUUCUGUCGAACGUCAAGUUCUUCAAGGGCUAUGAUCAUGUGUUUGGACUGACAGGGACGCUCGGUGAUCAGGCUACGCUGAAGCUCAUGCACGAAGUGUACGGAUUAGACUUUUUUUUCGCGCCCGGCUUUAAGCAAAAGCAGUUUUACACUCUCCGGGGUGUUGCUCUGCACGGUAAGGACGCCGGAAAGACCUGGCUUGAGACCGUGGUUCGGCGCGGCCGCGCUGAAGCAUUUUUGGGACGUGCGGUUCUGGUGGUGUGCGAAUCCAUCAAGAAAGCGGAUGCCAUACACCAGGCCUUCGAAAAAGCGGCA